AUGGGCUCCAACAAUAGUGUUAAUAUCGCUAUUAAUCUUGAUCGAAUGAAUCCAUUCUUUUAUGCAGGUGAAUCGGUAUCGGGAACAGUUAAUGUAAAUAUCAAGGAAGGACACAUCAAAGUCGACGAAUUAUUUAUUGAGUUGAAAGGUGAAACCGGUUAUACGACAACCCAUACUAUUCAUGAGUCAAAUGGCUCAACACGUACGGAGACGCAUUACCAUACAAUAACCUUUUUCUUGGAAAAAAUGAUCUUUGAAAGUUCACAAUCAGGAAAAAAAGAAUUAGUUUAUCAUUCCGGGCAGUAUUCAUGGCGAUUCGACAUUCAAUUACCACCUCAACUUCCACCGACAAUCAAUGAAUCACACAGAUAUCCACGUGCUCGAUAUUACUUAAGAUUUGUUAUCGAUAAACCUUGGUACAAACGAAACAAAAACGAAACACUCUAUUUGACAGUGUUUCCACGUGUCAAUCUAUUGAACAAUCCACAAUGUUUGAUGUCAUCUAUUUUUGGUAAUCAUAAUCGUAAAGAUGUUACUCUGAAAGGCAAUAUAAAUAAACUAGGUUAUGUACCUGGUGAGAUGAUUACGGGAACCUUAGAAAUUGAAAAUCCACGAAAAAUUUUAUUGAAACAAAUUUAUUUAUCUUUGAUUCAAUAUUAUCAAAUUGAAUGCAAUGCAGGAAAAGAAACAGUCAUUCAAACAAUUCUGCCUACAAUUGUUAAUACAAAAGAGGAAUAUAUAAUGGAAAAAUUUUCCCUAGCCAUUCCUCUUACAUAUUUGGCUCCAUCAUAUGAGUUUCAUAGCGGUUUUAAACAUACGGCUAAGGUGCAUGUCAAUUAUUUUCUAGAAUUCGAUGUUAAAGCUGAAGGCAUGUUUACAAAUUUCGGUGUUAGUAUACCCAUUACAUUAGCGACUGAAUACAAUACAAAUCCGAAUGAGCAUCAAUUGAAUCAUGCAACCAAUUUAUUACCUAAUUCUAUUUCUUACUAUCCGGAAGCAAUCAUGCAUGACAAAUAUCCUUCAUCGAAUUUUUAA